AUGUCAUCCAGCUCUAAGCCUCCAGAGUCAACCUCCGGGACCCCGGUGCCCAUCCCGCGCCCCCAGGCAAACACCCUCCUGACCUCUUUCACGACAUUCAUGACUCUCACGAUUCACACCAUAUUGUACUACAGAGGACUCUAUCCACAGCAGACAUUUCUCAUGACCAAAGCCCACAACCUCCCCGUACCACAAUCACGACAUCCCGGCUUGUGCGAGUGGAUCAAUUCGGCCUUGGCAGCAAUCCAGGAUCAACUUGCGCUCGGCACCGUCGCAAAAGUGUGUGUCGUCAUUCACUCCCCAGAGACCAUGUCUGUCGUUGAGAGAUGGGUAUUCGAUGUCGCGAGUUUUCCCGUUUGGGCCACCGGCAAGGGCAAGGAAAAGAUUGGCGUUGGGCAGAGGUUCCAGCGACGGGAAGAGGAUGACGAUGAUGGGUCUGUCAACUGGGUUGAUGUGAACGAGGCAUACCGCGGUGCACUGAGGCGUAUCUCCUACGCGGGUGAAAUGAAAGGGCACUUGCCGGAGGGCUGCACAUUCACACUUGCGGUGGAGUUGCGCGACGAAGCGCCGGCGCCGAUAGGGCACCCGCAGCCUUGGAUUCCUUCCGAGCCGUCACUCCAACCAGCCUCCAAGACGAACCCCGUACCAGGUGCGAAGAUUGGCGGCGCUUUUACCACACCCUUACGUUCCUUCACGACCAUCACCAUCUACCACGUCGCGCGGCACUUCGAAGACGAGUCCCUCAAGGAGCGCUUCCUCAACAGAGUGGACUCGAUCCUCAAUCCGAAGCUUGGGGGCAAGGGCAUGGAUUGGGAGUAUUUCGUCCAGGAGUCGCCGCGGGAGUUGUGGAAGAUCAACGGGAUCUAUCCACCCCCGACCGGAUCGGAGAUGGAAAAGGUCUGGGCCCGGGAGAAUAGGCCUGUUCUUGAGGGGGAGACGAAGGCGUCCCUGUAG